AUGUUGCAUGAAGGGCUCUGGGCUCUUCUUGAUCAGGGUCAUUUAUCUCCCAAUGAUCCUGACGUCAACAUGAUCUCACAAUUGAAGCGAGAGAUAUCAGAACUCCAGCACACAGUCGCCUUUCUCCAGUCAGAGAAAACACAACUCGUCAAUGAAAACUUGUGUCUGAACACGAAAUGCGAAACAUUGCAGACCAUACUUGUUAACAGUCGAGGUUCUGCCAGCUCAACGGCAUCAAGUUCUUCUUUAUCAUGGACGAAGAAAGACUGGCAGGAGAACAUGCCAUCAAGUACAUCAGCCAAUCCUGGAUCCUCUGGGAAAAAGCGAGGAGCCACACACAUGGCACGAGGCAUCAAUGUAGCAUGUACCUACCUGCAAGACCAAGCUGGUCAGCCGGUGUCUGCACAACGGGCAAAAACCAUCCGUCUUUUCAUGCUGUCAUGUUUUCGACAACUCGAAUCUCAAGGUCUCAUGCCCGAAUCCAUUGGCCAAGCAUCACUCAAAGUCCUACACUGGCUUAUUCACAUGCUAUGCAAACAUUGCAUCGAACUCCGUCUAUGCACUGACAAUUGGAAAGCUAUGAAAUUAAUGAUCGACAACUAUUCCCAAUGGUACAACUACCACGUUGUGAAGAAACAAACUAGCGGUCAUGUCAAGUCCGAAGACAUAGAGACUGCCGACGAUGACAACAACAACGACAAGUCCCUACUGGCUUCAACACCUGCUGCUACCCCUCCUUCUUCCUCACCAUCUGCGACACCUGCUGUUACCCCCCCUUCCUCACCAUCUGCGACACCUGCUGUUACCCCCCCCUUCCUCAUCUUCUUCAACGCCUGCGAACCAGCAUUGAAAAGACAACGAGUCGAAGUGGAAGAACGUGAACCAACCCCACCUCCCCGUACCGACAAAGGAAAAGAGAAGGAAGUGAUUACUGUGGAGGUCAACAAUCCUCUUUCUAAUCUUGUCUUCAAACCUCGCCCCAAGCCAAUCCCAAAGAAAGCUCCUGCCUCCAUCGACUCUGCCACUUCUGGAACCACUAGCGCCGAGCCGACUAUCAUCACCCCUCCAUCCAACGACCCAUCAGAUACCAACACAGCUUCCCUCGCUGUCAAGAUGGAACUCCUGGUAGCAACCCCCACGGAGCCCACUCCCAGUGCAAUCAACUCGAAGGCCCAACCUGCAAAGAAGCGUCAGCCGAGCACAAAGCCCAUGCGUGUGAGCUCGAAGAUCACGGCACGGAAUCUUUGUGCCCUCGAAUGGCAAUCGAACGGCCAUCAGAAAGAACCGGCAAGUGUCUUUGCAACCUACUGGAACGGUCUAUCGAAGACUGACAAAGAGGUAUACAAGCACAAAGCGGCUCUACAGCUCAGCUCAGCUGGACCAACCAAAAGGAACGGCACUGGCGAUGAUACAGACAAGGAGUAG